AUUUUUUCUCCUAAAUUUAUCUUCACUUUCUUCUUAUUAUGUUCAAUGGUUUUUCUCAAAAAUCAAAUUAAACAACAUCAUAUCCCUUUAGCUCACCCAAUUGAUUGUUUGGAGUUUCGUGUUAAAGAUGAUGAUAUUUUUGGUGCUCGAGUUAUGGGUAAAGCUACUAUUUCUGCAAAGAAAAUUAUCCAUGGUGAGGUUAUUUUCGGCUGGUUUUUCGUUAUCAAUACUUCAGGAUCUAUUCCGAGUGGAAUAUGUUACCGGGAUAGCACAACAAGAUAGUGAAAGUUUGAACUGUGGUGUAUUUGUAGCUGUUUAUGCUGAGUACCUGAGCGAGGGAUUAGGCAUUCCAUCAUCGGGUAUUAAUGCUCAAUACCAUCACAUGAGAUAUGCCACUCUUUUGUGCAAGUAUGGCUCUGUAAAGGCGGAGAAAGAAUACUUUAGUGAGAAUGACGAUCCACCAAGGCCAAGGAGUAGCUUCACACAAAAAGAAAAAAUUUGUGCUUUGCAUAUUGAGUAAUUGUUUACUUGUUGGUUAGUUGACUGUUAUAUAGUUUGAUGAUGUUAGUACAUGUUAUUAUUUUUUUUAGAUGUUUUUCAACAUCAUGGAUUCUACCUUAUCACCAAUGAAUAUGACUAU